CCAUUAAGAACCACAGAUAUCUCAUUCAAAAUACUUCUAGGUGUUGUUUAAUUAACCAAAGAAUAGAUAGAAAGUUAAAUUUCCUAGGAAGUUCAAGAAGAUGGUGUUGUUUGGUUCACAACAUGGGAGUUAGAACUUCUAUAAAAUGGAGGAAUUUACUUACUUAGGUCCCCUAGGAUAGUGGAAAUUUUCAUGAAAAGUUGAACUUUUCAUAAACAACCAAACAAGACUAUACAUCUCCUAGGAAACAAUGUUUCAUGUGUGAACCAAAUUCCUAGGAAAGACUAAUACCUACAUAGUACCAAACAAGCACUAAGUUUCACUUUAGUAUCAACGUAUCUUCUAAGGCUCUGACACUAUAAAUACAAACACAGAGGGAAAGACCCAACACCACACCCAGAGACACUCCAGACUUCAAUUUUUAAAAUAAGAUUAGAAAACCCUCUGAAAAUGUUUGACACCAACAUCCAUAUGCCAACACUUAAAACGAUCAUCUCCACUGCUACAUCUGCUGCUGCAGCAGCUAUGCUGAUACGUAGUCUAGCUAAUGACUAUGUGCCCAAUGAAUUUCAAUACUACAUUUCCUGUAAAAUUCAAUCUCUCUUUGCUUCAUUCUCCUCCGAAGUAACCAUAAUCAUCAAUGAAGCUGAUGGAAUGGUUGAGAACCAGCUCUUCCAUGCUGCAGACCUUUACUUGGGGACCAAACUCUCCCCUUUAACCCAUAGGUUCCGAGCCACCUUACCUAUCAAAGAGACCAAAAUUGUGCUCUCCAUGGAUAAAAAUCAAGAGGUGAUUGAUGUAUUUAAUGGUGUCAAGCUCACUUGGAGAAGAGUAUCUCAACAAAUAGAAACAGAGGGGCGAUGGGGCUCCAACUCUUAUUCUGAGAUUCAAUAUUACACAUUGAGCUUCCACAAAAAGCACAAAGAGAUGGUGUCCACCAGCUACUUCCAGCAUAUCCUAGAACAAGAACAGGUGCUCAAGAAACAAAAAAGGACCCCAAAGCUGCACACCUUGGACCCUGAACUAAGGCAUAUGACCAUGGGGAGUGAUUGGCAAUCGGUGAAUCUCGAUCACCCAGCUACUUUUGAUACUCUAGCCAUGGAUAUCGAGAUGAAGAAGACGAUCAUGGAGGAUUUGGACAGGUUCGUAAGGAGGAAAAAUUUCUAUAGAAAAGUUGGGAAGGCCUGGAAACGUGGCUAUUUGCUUUUUGGACCUCCAGGUACUGGAAAAUCUAGUCUGAUUGCAGCCAUGGCUAAUUACCUGAAUUUUGAUAUAUAUGAUCUGGAGUUGACGGACAUUAGGAGGAACUCUGACCUUAGGAGACUACUGAUAGCAACUGCUAAUAGAUCAAUACUUGUGGUGGAAGAUAUUGAUUGCUCUGUCGACUUACAAAACACGAUGAAGGAACGCAAGAAACUCCAGUAUCCACAACAUUUUGGUGCAGACGGAGACAAUAAGGUGACGCUGUCAGGCUUGCUUAAUUUCAUUGAUGGGUUAUGGUCAAGCUGUGGAGAUGAAAGAAUCAUUGUGUUCACAACAAAUCACAAAGACCGACUGGAUCCAGCUCUUUUACGACCAGGACGAAUGGAUAUGCACAUUCACAUGUCCUAUUGCACCCCAUCGGCACUAAGAACACUCUCCUCCAAUUACCUUGGGAUCACAGAGCACCCACUUUUGAUGGAAAUUGAACAACUGAUGCAAGAAGCAAAGGUCACCCCUGCAGAAGUAGGGGAACAAAUGAUGAAGAGUGAAGACUUAGAGGAUACAUUAAAAAGGCUCAUGAGUUUUCUUGUUGACAAGAAGAGAAGUGAGGAUCUCAAAAGUACUCAGCAGAAAGAGAUAGUAGAAGUAGAAAGUAAGGAGUUGGAAGAGGAGAAUAGCAGUUGUGAGCAAGACGAGAUCAAGAAAUGA